AUGGAUGAACGCGGCAACAUCGCAAACAGGACUGGCAAAGAUCCAAGAUCAGUCAGAGGGGACAAAGACACCCAAAGCAGUUCGCCCCAAUCGACGAACAAAUGCCGAAGGCUUGAUCAGGAGGGCGCCGGAACUUCGAUAGCUGACUCAGGCCAUCGGUUCCUGUUUGUCGAUUCAUCGUCCUCUGGACAGAGACCACGUUCUGACCAACGAGCAAUCAACGCGCAUAUUCAACAGACAGCUCAUAGAAAUCGACGACAAGCUGCUGCAGCUGCGCAAAGAGCCAAAAUCUCUAAAACAGCGAAUAUAAGUCGUUAUCGCCGAGAAAUACCGCUCCAGCCGCGACAGAUCGAAAUCCAACAACCGGUAGCUAGUCAAGAAAGUAACCCUCUACCACCAUCUCCUCCUUCACGAUCUCCAGGAGUCGACCAGGACCAACUGGAUCGAUUGAGACAUUACAGUACCGUUCGAGCUCCCGAAGUCCGUCAAGCCAUCAAUGCUCAACAGGAAGAUGAUCGAUCUCUAGUCGAAAACAAUUCGGUGAGAUCCAUGCUCACACAGAUAUUGCAACGACUAGAUGCUGGAAAUGUUGGCCAUGCGAUUCAAGGACCUCCAAACUCGAACCUCAGAAGCACCGUUCUCGAUCCAUUCAAUGUCAGUUCAGUGACGAUCACUCCGAGCAUGAAUGCAGUGUUACGCCAUUUCUCCGAUGUAAUGAUUACCAGCGUGUUUCCGACACGAGCACAAGCCGAAGUUCAAACUCGAUGGGCUUUUCAAGUCGCUGCUCAAGAACCACUGGUUCUGUACUCUUUGCUGGCCAUUUCCUCGGCCGAGCGCAGUGCUCGAGCAGGAGAACUGAAGAGUGGAGCACAAGAAACAACAUUCACGGAAGCAGAUCUCGAAAAUCGAACCGUCCCGGAUUUUGUUUCGUACAAAUUGAAUGCGAUCAAGUUGGCCAAUGAGAGCAUGAGAUCUAUCGAGACGGCGAUCAAAGCAUCUACGAUAUUUGCCAUGAUGUGUUUGCUCUCCAUCGAGGUCAUCACCGGAAAUCAAAAGGAGAUAUUUGCGCAUAUCAGCGGGAUUCAAAAGCUCAUCGCUUGGCGUGGAGGAUAUCAUGGGAUCCCCUCUCACGCCACGGAGCUCAUAUUAUCGUCGUCCUACAUGUGUGCAGCAAUGACGAGAAGUCUCCCGUCAGCCCCCCCCACCUCUUCCUUGGCCGGUUUACCGAACAAUUUAGUGGAGGAAAUAAGACAGAAUAUCAGUCCAGACUUGAAACAGAUGGGAACGGGUCUUUUGACGGCGGACAUUGAUACUGUGUUGGAUUGGAGAAUAUCGCAGGCAUUCCGAGACAUGACAGACGUGGUUCAAUACCGAGAAUAUUACCACGAGAAGCAGCUUCAACCUGUGGCGACGGAACUGGAUUACAUCAACUCGAAAAGCUACCAGUUUCGGUACGCCGUCUUGUCUGCCCCGUUCGAACCACGAGCCCCGGCCAGUGACAAGGAGGAGGCAUGUCGUUUGGCACUGUUGAUCUUCUGGUUCUGCAAUUAUCAGCUCUCACAGCCCGACUCGGCUCUGAACAGAACAUUGACCGGUCAACUGAAGACGGCGCUACAAGCCUCGGACUUGAAAGGGCUCUGGGGCCCUCAUUUCGAGCUAUUGACGUGGAUUUUACUUUUAGGCGCAUUCAUCUCGGCAGGACAAAAAGAAAGGCCUUGGUUUGUGUUGAACCUGGCCCGGGUGUCGAGAAUGCUCAGAUUGAAAGACUGGAGUGAAGCGCGGGCUCUCCUAUUAAAAUUCUAUUAUCUCGAUCGGAUAUAUGCCAAAGGGAUGCAAGACAGUUGGGAAGAGGCAAUAUUGUUGGCCGAGACGAUGGAAGAGGGUUUAUCAUGA